UGGCUUCCGGGAGAAGGCAGUGCCAGAACGAAGCUGCGGCCUUAAAACGACCACCUUGACUCGCCGGCCGCCUCAGUCUGGUCUGCAGCGCCCAGACUGGAUUCAGCCCACCCGACACGCAAGAUGCCGAGAAUUCUAUGGGCACUCCUUGUGGGCAUUGCGUUGCUGGGCCUCGUCGAGGCACAGACGUCAAGGCCACAGUUAAGUGGAUACUUCACUUUCCUUCGGUACCGAAACCAAGCCUGUGAAGGAAAAUACGGCCAGAACGGAACAUGCGUAACAGAGCAGGAAUGCGGCGCCAAACAGGGAACGGACAUAGGACGCUGCGCCGAAGGCUACGGUGUCUGCUGCCGAGUGAGCUUCACAUGCAACAUGGUGAGCAGUGUCAACGAGACUGAGUUCGUGAACCCAAGUUACCCUAGCGGCGAGGUUGGCACCGGCACCUGCGAGGUGACCAUCACCAAGACGCCAGACAUCUGCCAGCUGCGCUUGGACUUCCUCGAGUUCAGCCUGGCGCCUCCUGAUGAGCAGGGUCUGUGCAACGUCGACUCAUUCAUGGUCCGCAGCACUGUGGGAGAGAAUCUGCCCCAGCUCUGCGGUGAAAACAACGGCCAGCACCUGUACGUUGACAUGGGUCGACAGUCCGGCAACCCCGUCGUGCUCAGCGUUAUCAGCCGAGGAGGCAAGCGCCCAAGGCGGUGGCGAAUCAAGAUCAGCAUGAUACAAUGUGGAAGCCUCGACAUAGUAUCGCCUGGAUGCCUUCAGUAUUUCCGGAGUCCAAGCGCUAUCGUGAGAAGCUUCAACUACGGCCCACCGGUAGACAGCAAGGUCCGCUACUUGAGCGGACUUCGCUACUCCAUAUGCUUGCGUGUGGAAGAGAACUUCUGCUCCAUUAAAUGGGAGACAGAGACAAACUCUUCGUUCUCUUGGGGGCAGCCUACAUACGAGGACAACGUUGUGGCGUGCCGCGAUGACUUCAUCACUGUUGACCAAGGGUCGUCGUACGGCAUGGGCCCCGGAGAAGACAGAUUCUGCGGCACGAGACUCCACGAGAAGAAUGUCCUCAUAUCGCACAGCAAACCAUUCAUGUUGAGAGUCAAGUCUAACAUGGACGCCUUGGCCAAUUCGCAAGAAAAUCAACACGGCUUUUCGUUGCGGUACACCCAGCUACCCUGCGUCGACUGACACGGAGAAACCUGGUCCGCAAAAUCAUCACGUGUGGGCCAGGAAACAAUGAAAGAAGUGGCAACAGAGUGACGAAGGAGACCAUUGGACCACGUUAUCGCCUUUCAGCCAUCCAGCUUCAAGCCAUAGCUUAUUUAUUUCUCACCACAGGAACACAAUAAAACAAUUCUCCAGCCGAA